UUAGUCGUAGUUUGGUGUUGUGUUGUAGCGUGUCAAGUUUUUGGCGCCGUUGCCGGGGAGCCUCUAGGUUAUUGUAGAAACAUGAUAGUCUGUUACUUUAGCAUGACCCCUAGCCAGUCGGGAGAUCUACUAUGCCAUUGGACCAAGAGCUCGAAAGGAUCUGAACUUCAAGAGAGCUUUAAAGGCGCGAUUGGUUGCAGAGGAAGAUUUUGCUCAGCUGACCAUCAACCAGGAGGAUGAAAUGGGUGAACCCAAUAAUGACGGGUAGCUUGUCCCCGAUGAGCAUACCAUGAAAGCUCCAUCAUCACCAUGCUCGCGGCUCGGUGGUAUUCCAUGGGAAAUCGGACGAGUGCCCCAGAGCCCACCUGCGACUAUUCCACGAGCUGAUCGAUGGAAUCAAGAUUAACGGUGCCCGCAUGACGCCAUUCAGCUGCGGUAUUUCCCUUUCACCUUGGAGGGACAAACCAAGGCGUGGCUGGACGACAGACCUCCGGGGUCGAUUUCUACAUUCACUAGCAUGGCCGACAAGUUCCUGACCCUCUAUCAUCCUCCAUUUAAGACAGCGAACCUGCAGAAGGAGAUCACCCAUUUUGCACAUGAAGAGGAUGAAACCAUCAGGGUCGCGUGGGAGAGAUACACCAGUCUCUUCCUGAAGUGUCCCAAUCAUGGUUUCAACGAUGCUUUCAAGGUGGGAACUUUCUACCGGGUUCUCUUUCAUGAAGACAAGCAACUGAUUGACUCGGUCUGCGGCGGGAACAUGCUUGGAGGACUGCUAGGAGGUCCUGGCGAGCACCAGGCCGGGGUGUACAUGCUGUGGACACCCAGUCAUCUGAGUUGGUGCAGGUUGUGUCUAAGCUGGUCUCAACUAUCGAUCGUAGUGGGAUGAUUCUAGGGACAGGGCAGCAGCAUGCAAUGCAUUGCAGUGGUGCGAGAGCUCCCAUCAUAUUGAGGAAGACUGUCAGGCAAUGAGGGAGUCGACUACACCCCAGGAUUAGUUGGACUUCAUCGGCAAUGCCAGGCGUUUUGACCCCUACAACAACACCUAUAAUGAGGGGUGGCGCCAACACCCCAACUUCUCCUGGAGUGGCAGAACUCCUAAGCCACCAGUCUCCUAGGGGCCUCUAGGCUUCCAGAGACCGCCAUACCCGCCCAAGUAGGGGCAAUUCCAGGAACAGUGACUCGAUCUGACUAUCACAAUAAAAUCCCACCUAAGGCCAGAGACCGCCAUACCCGCCCAAGCAGGGGCAAUUCCAGCAGUAGUGACUCGAUCUGACUAUCACAAUAAAAUCCCACCUAAGGCCCAAGUAUAAACCUGAGAUGGGUGC